CUUUCCUUUUCUUUCCUUUUUUUAAUUUCUUCUUUCUUUCUUUAGUUUAUUAAUACGGACAAAACCUAAUAACAAGAAUGUUAUCUCCUCAUGGAUCUACUUUACAGCACACCAUGAACACGCAACUCACAAUAGACAAAGUUCAAAAUUCUUUUGACGAAAACUCUCAACCAGGAUCGACUGAACAAUCUAUUGAUCAACAAAGAACAAUACAACAAGGUGAAAAGGACAUAUUAGCCUUACCAUAUAUUUUCAAACCUACUGAUGACAUUUCAAGAACUGGUGUAGACAAUUCCUUACCAAUGUCAAACAACUGUCUCCAACUUACAAAGGGUUACAACGCCUCCGUGUUACACAAUGACACCUCUGAUUGUUCUUCUCAUCUCCAAAAAUGUAAUCCUUCAAUUCCUCCUCCUAUUGUUGAAAAUACCUGUGGCGUAUUCUCUCCACCACCUUCUGCAAAAUCACUCACUACUGAAUUCAAAACUUUUCCUGCACUCGACACCAUCAAUGCAACCAGUCAAGAUUCUACUUUGCAUGCUUCUGGUAUAUCACGUGUAUGUUCACCAAGGAUAAUCAAUAACAACAAUAUGACUCAACCGUUACAACAUCAACAAUACCAACAGCCACAAAAUAAAUCUAUGCGCCCUUUCAGCCAAAUACAACAACAAUCACAUGGUUCCCCAUUCUCUUCAAAUGAUCAACCUUAUACAGGACGUCCCAGGUCUAUGUUUUUAUCAACAUCAUCCAUAUCAUCAGUAUCAACAUUCAAUGAUUCUACUGUUUCUGUCACUCUGAAUCCACCAUCAUCUAAAUUUACUACUGGAUCUUAUUCACCUUCCUUUGAUAGCAUCACAAAGAAACGAUACAGUAUCAUUUCUGACAACAGUUACUAUCCUGACAGUUCCUCCUAUAUUGCUUCCAUUACAGAACCAGCACCCAAUCCACUCUCUUUGAAACCACAUCAUCCACGAUUCCCACCUGCAACUUUGGAAAAUCUCAACAACUUUCGUCGUGAAGCCCAAGCAUCUCCUCAUAAUCCUGCAUUACAACUCAAUUUCGCCAAAUAUCUAAUGGAAGCUGUGGAUCAAGUACGAAUUGAUGAUGCCGUACGUUCUAUCAAAGCCAAGAAUGCAAUGUUAUCUGAAGCUCAACGUAUUGUCAAGACACUGGCUAUGCAAUCCAAAAUUGGUAAAUCUGGUUUCGCUGAUGCACAAUUCUAUUUGGCCAAUGCCUAUGGUGCUGGUCUGAUGUUACUCAAUGUUAGUCAUGAAAAAGCAUUCAAUCUUUAUCUUCAAGGAUCCAAGCAAAGUCAUCGAGAAUGUACCUAUCGUGUUGGUGUGUGUUAUGAACUUGGAUUAGGCACUCGACGGGAUAAUGCACGCGCUAUUCAAUUUUAUCGCAAGGCGGCUAACUUGGGUGAUCCAUCAGCAAUGUACAAACUAGCCAUGAUCUUACUCCGUGGACUCUUAGGACAACACAAACAUCCAAAAGAAGGUAUAUCCUGGUUAAAACGGGCAGCUCCUCUAGCGAAUGCUUAUCAUCCUGAAAUCUUGCAUGAACUUGGCUUGGCGUAUGAAAAAGAAGGUAUUCCAUCGGUGAUUCCUGAUCAAGAUUAUGCUCGUGAAUUAUUGACCAAGGCAGCUAGGUUUGGUUAUGCUCCAUCUCAAUAUAGAUUAGGAUUGGCUUACGAAAAUGGAAUGAUGCAAUGCCCAAUUGAUGCACGACGCUCUAUUGCUUGGUAUGGGAAGGCAGCAGAACAAGGACAUUUGGAAUCAGCUUUGGCUCUCUCAGGAUGGUAUCUGACUGGUGCAGAAGGUAUAUUACCGCAAAAUGAUAUGGAAGCUUAUUUAUGGGCAAAAAAAGCAGCAGAUCGUGGUUAUGCAAAGGGACAAUAUGCUUGUGGUUAUUAUUGUGAAACAGGAAUCGGGAUUGGUCAAGAUUUAGUACAAGCACAGCGUUGGUAUCAAUUGGCAGCUCGUCAACGUUAUCCAAAAGCAAUUCAACGAUUAGCAGAAUGGAACAACAACAACAAUAAUGAAGAUCAAUAUCAAAAAAUAAUAUCAACAAAGCAGCAACGAAAGAGACAAUCACAAUUACAACAACAGCAGCAACAAAAUCGUUCAUCAUUACAAUCAUUAUCUCCUUAUGAUCCUGACACACGCCGUCAAUCUAUAGUAUCACAGCAACUACAACAAUCAUCAUUGAUGGAACAACAACCACAAAUACAAUUAGAGGAAGAACGUAUGCCAAAACAAGUCAAUAGAUGUUAUAUAAUGUAGUCAAAGUGUUUUUUUAUAUUCAAU